AACCAGGCCGACUAGAACGCGGGAAAAUGGCACCUGACACGAGGCCCGAAAGACCCGGCGAGUGUGGUACGGCAACUGCGCGUGCGCCAGGGGGCGGGGCUCUCCGCGCUCGCCCCGCCCCGCCCUUCGUGCCACGCGGGAACAGGCGAGCACUCUCCGGCGCGGCCUCCCCUAGUGGUAGGCACCGACUGGUAGCGGAGACACCCUCGGCGGUUUGCUUCGCUCAGUAGAGAGGCAAUGGGGAGGCGUUGGGCCCGGCCUGAGGCAGGAGGGAGCCCAGCUGUCGCCCCUAGGGCCCGAGCCGUCAUGCGAGCGUGGGUCCUACUCUCCGCGGUGCUCUCAUAUCUCGCAGGAGUUGGACGGCAACGUACUUCCUUGUUCAGUAGGAAAGGCUUUGUUUAUGGCACAGUAGGACACCCAGUGAAAAUAUAUGUAGAAUUACAUCAGAAUAGCCCUAUCCUUGUUUGUAUGGAUAUGAAUCAUGCUAGCAAAGAAACAGUGGACCCUACCUUCUUAUGGAUUGGGCCUAAUGAAAAUACAUUAACAGGAAAUAGCCGAAUAAAUAUCACUAACACAGGAAAACUGAUAGUGAAAGAUUUUCUGGAGGGUUUGUCUGGACUUUACACAUGUACUCUUUCCUAUAAGAUUAUCAAAGCAGAAACCCAAGAGGAAAAUACAAUAAAGAAGAGAUAUGACUUUAUGAUCUUUGCUUAUCGGGAGCCUGAUUAUUCUUACCACAUGGCUGUGCGUUUUACCACAAAAUCCUGUGCAGGAAGAUAUAAUGGCCUGCUCUUUAGAGUGCUGAAGAAAAUCUUGGAUAAUUUAAUCUCCGAUUUGUCAUGCCAUGUCAUAGAACCAUCUUAUAAGUGCCAUUCUGUUAAGAUUCCAGACCAUGACUUCAUAUAUGAGCUCUUCAUAGCCUUUCAAGUCAAUCCUUUUGCACCGGGGUGGAAAAGUGUGUGCCAUGAGUCUGCUGACUGUGAAGAUACUACCAAUCACAAUAUCCUCAAGGCAAGAGAUCGGAUAGAAGAAUUUUUUUGGAGACAAGCAUUCAUUUUGUACCAUCACUUUAAUAAAACUGUACCAGCUAUGCAUUUUGUGGACCACAGUUUUCAAGUAAUACGUGUAGAUAACUGUCGACCAGGCUUUGGGAAAAAUGAAGGUCUACACAGCAAUUGUGCUACCUGUUGUGUGGUCUGUAGUCCUGGAACUUUUAGCCCUGAUGUUAAUGUUACUUGUCAGAUUUGCGUUUCUGUUCAUGCCUAUGGAGCUACAUCUUGCCCAUAAACUUCAAGACUAGAGGUGAAAGCACUAUUACUUGCCUUUGAAGAUGGGGGAGAAAAGAUUUGUUCACAUCUGAGAGCAUCAUGGAUAACUCCAUAGAGUAAGAUCAGUAAGGCCAAAACUUUGGAAACAUGCAUUUUAGAAAGAAAAACAACCGAAGAGUUGGCAUGGCAUUUCUAAGAAAGCAUUUAAUUCAGUCUCUGCAGUGUACAAGGGCAAGUUGAAAUAUUGGUGGAUGAUUUUUAAUGAGAUGUUCUGUUGUCUACAAACUAAAACAUGCGUUGUAGCUAAGACUAUAUCAAGGUUGAAAAGAGAGCAAAG